AUGGCCAACAUCAGCUCUGCAGCCCUUGACGCCCUUCGGGGCCGCUUGAACACUACGGCUAUCUUCACGCCCGGUUCGGAAAAUUAUGAAACUAGUAUAGUUCGCUGGUCGGAUACUGGAAGAAAACGGGCGGGUGUGGUAGUCCAGCCUAUUGAUGCAGCUGAUAUUGCAACCGCAGUGUUAUGGGCACAGGAGCAUGAUAUCAACCUCGCCGUGAAAGGCGGGGGUCAUUCAACCGCCGGCACAAGCUCUAGCGACGGUGGUCUGGUCAUUGAUCUGUCGCGCAUGGCUCAUGUCACCGUGGAUGUUGAGCAAAAGACCAUCACCGCCCAGGGUGGAGCGACCUGGGAAGACGUCGACGAAGCCGGUGCAGCCCACGGAUUAGCAGCCGUGGGCGGCACCGUGAACCACACCGGAGUUGGAGGACUGACUCUAGGGGGUGGUUAUGGCUGGCUGAGCGGAGAAUACGGCCUCGUUAUUGACAACCUCCUGUCAGCGACCGUGGUUUUAGCCGACGGUCGCAUUGUCACGGCAUCUGCCACCGAGAACGCCGAUUUGUUCUGGGGUUUGCGAGGCGCUGGCUACAACUUCGGCGUCGUGGCGGAUUUCACUUAUCAGGCUCAUGAGCAAAAAGAUCCGGUGUACGCCGGUCUUCUUGGGUUCACGCCCGACAAGUUGGAAGGUGUUAUUGGUGCAUUGAACGAGUCUUUGGCCAAUCCCGACUCUCGCUUCGGUGCGAUGUGCGUCUUGUCACUCGCCCCCGAUGGCUCUGGGCCGAUGAUCAUGAUGAUCGGAUUCUUCAACGGGUCUCGCGAAGAAGGCCAAGAGAAAUUCGCCAGCUUCACAGCCUUGGAGCCAGUUAUGAACACCAUGGAUAUGAUCCCAUACUCUUUGGUGAACACUCUGCUGAACCCGCAGACAACGUACGGCGAUCGCAAAUCUUUCAAGGGCAUUUUCUUCGAGCCCCCAUUGGACCCUCACUUUGUGAGAGGGAUUUUCGAUGAUUUCACGGCCAAGAUUCAGGGUGAACCUGAUCUCAUGACCUCGGCCAUUAUCCUUGAAUUCACAGAUAUGCGCAAGAUCUGCCAAGUGCCGUUGACUGCGACAGCGCUUGCCAGUCGUAAUGCCACUCAGAAUGGACUCGUCUUUCUUAAAUGGACUGAUUCAACCAAAGAUUUGGAGUACCGGACUUGGGGGCGCGAAGUUCAGGCUAAGUGGAAAACUGAAUUAGAUGCUAGAACCAAAGAGCAGGGGGUACCUCAGUACAUCAACUAUGCUGAACCUGGUGAUUCGGUUGUAAGCAAUAUUUAUGGAGAGAACCUUGAGAGACUGCAGGGUAUCAAGGCCAAUUACGAUCCCAAGAAUGUCUUCCAAAACAUGCAUCCGAUUCCAACGGGCGCAUCUGCUAGCCAGAAGGAAUAA